AUGAUCUUCCUCUUCCGGUCCGGCUCAUUGCGCUCAAAAUGCUGGCUCGUCUUCAAAGCCACACGCCAACACGCCCGCAAUCUCGGCCUCUUCGCCCUCGUCUACAAAGGCGCCAUGCUCCUCCUCCGACACACCGCACCCGAUGGCAAAGAGCGGCACUAUGACUCCUUCCUCGCGGGCCUCCUCGGAGGGUACACCGUCUUCGGCCGCACAAUUCACAACUCCGUCUCCCAGCAGAUCGUCAUAUACGUGUUUGCCCGUGUCGCGUUGGCGCUGGCAAAACUCGCUGUACAACCAAAGCACGUGGGAGAUGUGAAGGGCGGUGGGGGAGGAUGGGGACUAUUGGAUGAGAAGAGUGGGUUGAGGAAAGAGUUACUAAAGAAUGGUUGGGUGGGGUUUGCGAGUUUGAGCUGGGCGAUGGUGAUGUAUGUUUGGAGGUGGCAUCCUGAAGCUGUGCAGCCGAGCUUGAGGAGUAGUAUGAACUACAUUUACGGCCAAUCAGACGAGUGGGAUUCGCUGCGGACUUUCAUCUGGCAUAACAAAUAA